AAGCUUGAGUGGUUGACGUUGGCAACGCUUUUCAAAAUGGCCGCGCGCGUAGUUGUCGUUUCGCGAGUUUCGCUGUGUUUCGCUGUGAGGUUCGUGGGCCCAGAUGUUUUGAUACUGGACUUCAUGUUCUAAUAAUGAUGAAAAUGUGAAACGCGUCUCGUACACAGGUGAGUGUAUUCAUUCUGUAGCUUCAUCGAAUCCUACGAGAGGCCUAUGUGUUCAUCAACGAUAACUCGGAAGUCCACGUUUCAAGUGCGCUUACGUGUACACGCAAGCGGCCGCGGCGGGCUCCUGCGACCGUCAAGAUGACGACGAAGAAGAACCUAGUCCAGCAGGCCACCAAAGCGGCUUCGUACAACAUCCUGCUUCAGGUCUCGCUGCGCGUCGUCACGUUCGUGCUCAACGCCUUCAUCCUCCGCCACGUCUCCAAAGACGUCUUGGGCGUCGUCAACGUCCGCCUCCUUCUGCUGUACACCACCGUGCAGUUCCUGAGCAGAGAACCUUUUCGACGCGCCUGCCUCAGCAACGGACAGCCUUCUCGCUGGCCCGCGGUCAUCAGCCUAGCAUGGUUCUGCGUGCCCGUGUCCGCUUCCGUCGGUGCCGUCGCCGGCUUCGCCUGGCUCUUCCUGCUCGAGCGGCCCGAACCGUCCCUGGUGGCUGGCUACCCUACGGGCGUUUGCGCCAUCGUCGUCGCCGUCGUGAUCGAGAUGCUCGCUGAGCCGCUGUACAUCGUGGGCCAAGCGUUCCACUACGUCAAGCUCAGGGUCUUCGUGGAAGGUGCAUCCAUGACCCUACGCUGCGUCCUGAUGGCCGCUCUAGUCACCCUCUACCCGCAGCACGCUGUGUGGGCCUUCUCCGUAUCUCAAAUUGCGGCUUCUUGCUUGUACGUCGCCGCUUUCUACACGUACUUUUCCGCGAGAAAAUGUGAAGGCGAAAAGCUGCCCUUCGACUCCCCGCUGUGCAUCGUUCCAUUCCUCGACGGCACCGUGCCGGAGGUGGACGCCGCCACUUGGAAGCUGACUCGAAGCUUCAUGAAGCAGACGCUGUUCAAGCAGGUCCUGACUGAGGGCGAGCGCUACGUCAUGACGCUCUUCAGCCUCCUCACCUUCUCCGAGCAGGGUGUGUACGACGUCGUCAACAACCUGGGAUCGCUCGCGGCGCGGUUCGUGUUCCAGCCGAUCGAGGAGAGUGGCUACCACUUCUUCGCCCAGGUGCUCCGGCGGGACAAGAAGCUCCAAGCCGCGGAUGACCUCGCCCUCAGCGCUCACGUGCUGGAACAACUUUUGAAGCUCAUGGUGCACGUAGGGCUGAUUGUGCUGACCUUCGGCCAGACUUACUCUGCACUGCUGUUGCACCUGUACGGCGGAAGGGCGCUGAGCGUCGGUUUGGCACCGACCCUGCUGAGGUGGCACUCCGGUUACAUCCUUUUCAUCGCCCUAAACGGAGUCACGGAAGCCUUUGUGUUCGCUGCGAUGACCAGGGAGGAGCUGGACGGACACAACCGUCGUCUGGCCGCGUUCUCCGCCGUCUUUUUGACCGCGUCCUAUUUCCUGACGACGUGUUUUGGCGCCGUCGGGUUCAUUGUGGCCAACUGCUUCAACAUGGGAGCACGUGUCAUAUACAGCAUGGCAUUCAUCCGUGGGUACUACGCUGAUGGCGGCCACCGUCCCCUGUCGGGGCUGGUGCCUUCGUGGAUUGUGGCCGGUGCUUGCGGCUUCAGCUAUCUGGUGACGAGGUUUUCGGAACCCGAGUUUGGCGACGACCUUGGGGUUGUGGCGGGGUCGGCGCACGUUGCAGUUGGUGCAGCGUGUUUUCUGGUUGUCUCUGCUACUGUGUACUUCAGAGAGAGGGCGCUUUUCACGUUUCUAGUUUCGUCUUGGGGGGAGCGGAGAAAGGCGCCGCAAGACGGCAUUAAAAGUGACUGAUUCUACCCCUUUUUGAACAGAUGAUUCCACAAACAAUCAGUUUGUUUUAUUACGUCUCGCAUAUUCUUGGCCGAGUGUCACAGAAUCAAAUGUCAUUAAAUGACCCUUGGCUGAUA